AUGCAACCUUUUGCCCAGACGUGCAAGUGGUAUUUGUCCUUUGCCACUGGGAUAUUCGAGUGUCUUGGCUUCACAGGUGUGAUAUAUGGCUGGGCCUCACUGGUCUUCGUGCUGAAGAAUGAGGGAUAUUUCCUCGACUUCUGUGUUCAGCUGAACAACUCCAGUGGCAAUUUCUCAGUUGGUUGCGAUCUGCAGGACGAACGUUUCACUCUCGUCUUCACCAUCGCUUCUUUCGCCUUUAACUUCCUGGCCUUCCCCUGUGGUGUCCUGUUUGACUACCUGGGCACCAUGGCAACCCGAACCUUGGCCGUGUCUCUGUACACGACAGCCACGCUGAUGAUGGCCUUCUCCACUGCUGCUUCCGCAACGCUGUUGUUCCCAGCACUCAGUCUUAUGGCAAUUGGGGGAAUUCUCCUGUUCAUUACAAACAUCCAGAUUGGAAACCUAUUUGGAAACAAUCGUGCUACAAUCAUCACAAUAUUCAAUGGAGCACUCGAUUCCUCAGCAGCCGUAUUUCUGCUGGUUAAGGGUUUGUACGAGGUUCGAAUUCCCCUGAAGUCUAUGUUCCUUUUCAUCAGCUUUCUCAGCUCCAACCACCUCCUGCGGACAUUCUUACUCUUUCCUCGGACACGCAUUCCGUAUCCGUUGCCCGAGGGAUACACUUACGGCGUCUCUUGUAAGAAGCUUGAAUUGGAUUCAUUCUCCGGUGAGGAGGACACUGAGAGCCAGAAGAAGCCAGAACACGGAGGAAUUGGGAUGGUGGGAGUGGAAAUCAAGGCACAGGAAGUAGUGGAAGAAGAUACAGGAGAGAACAUAUCAGAGGAAGAAGCAGAAAAGGGUGACAGACAGGAAGAAGUGGAGGGGUCUGAUUCUGUGAACCCACAGAUUUCUAGGCCAAGAGACUCAGAAUGGAACAAGGAUCAUAUUCCCUCCUUCAGAAGCUGCGUCUUCUCCAAAAUUUUCCUCACCCACCUGUUCUGGCUCUCUGCCAUGGCGCUCCUACACAACCUAUACAUUGGCACCCUGAAUCCAAUGCUCACACUGUUCGCUGGUGCUGACCACUUUAAAGUUAGCCAUUUUACAAAUGCUUUCGCUUUCACUCAGCUAUGUGGCCUCUUCUGUUCUCCCUUGAAUGGGCUGAUCUUGGACCGGCACAGGCGCAAAGGAAAAUCCCCAGAAUCUGUCACUUCCCAGAGACUGGCUGACAUGAAAUCUGCGGUGUUGUCUCUUGCCAUCACAGUCACGCAGUGUGUCCUUUUUGCAAUCUUCGCCACUAUUCCUGUGCUGGAUGUCCAGUAUCUGACCUUCGCCAUGCAAGUGAUUAACCGGUCGUUCCUGUUUGGGGGAAACGCCACAUUUAUCACUAUUGCAUUCCCUCCCUGCCACUUCGGGAAAAUCUUUGGCCUGGCACUGGCUGUCUCGGCAGUUGUGUCUCUUCUGCAGUACCCUUGCUUCGCUCUGGUCCUGGGGCCUCUACAACACAACCCUUUGUAUCUGAACAUUGGAUUUAUCGCCCUGGUAAGCCUGGCUUACGUCCAUCCCAUCAAUGUCCACGUGACCUGUCGACGGGAAACCCGUAAGAGCGAGGGGAUGAAGCACUCCAGAGCCGAAGUGCCGUUUAUGUGGGCAAAGGACGAUUGA